GAAAGAGAGAAAGAGAGCCGGCAGCGUCGAGGAAGAAACGAAAGGGUGUUUCGUAGCAGGCCGCCGGUUAGACACGGUUUAGUCCGUGAGCGAACGUUGUCCGGCGUGGUGUCGCGUCGUGGGUUGGUCGUUGAACGCGCGGUGUCGAGAACCCGGUGGAAACGGAUUUCCCGGCACGCUUGCGGAUCGAGGUGGUGCGUGCGGUCGCGAGCGGCGGCCACGUUUGCGAGGGGUAGGGAAGAACGAGGGCGAGCCCGAUAAAGAUAGAAAGAGGGAGAGAGAGGGAACGUAGGUGUGUGCGCGGAGGCGGGGAGGUUGGUGGCGGUAGCGGUAGAGAGAGAGUGGUGCACGGAAGUGGCGGUGGCGAGUCGUGGUGGAUGGUGGAUAGUGGCGGUUCGGGUUGUAGGUUGGAUCGGUUCGGUUCGGUUGAUCGUCGUUGUCGUGGUCGUGGUGGUUGGGGAGGAUAAACGAGGAAACGGUGAUAGACACAGGGGGGUCGGUAAACGCGUGUAGAAAGAUCGGAGAGCGAGGUUGGUGGAGGCGAGACGACGACGACGGGAUCAGUGUGGAGAAGAGACGCCGAGGAUGAGAUCGAUAAGGAGAGAGUCGAGGCGCGGGUUUCACGGAACGGGAACGGGAACGACGCGGCGCGUGUAGACGCACGGCUGGUAAACAUACGCGCGUGAAAUACGCACGCACGCGCGCCGAUCGGCUCGCGUUGGAAUAUCGUCGUGCUUCUCAGGAAAGUCGCUGAUCUCUGGCUUGCCGGCUGGACACGCGAUCCGGAACAAUCAGGGGCACUUGGCCACCCGAUCGGUCCUGAGGAUCGUGACACAGAGGGCGAGGGAGAGAGGAGAGAUUGGAAGAGAGAAGAAGGACAUUCAUCGGAUUGGAGGAGCCACGGAUUCGUCGAGGAAACGGGAUCGUCCUCCUCUCUUUCUCUCUGCCCCUCGAUCUCUAUCCAUCUCCACUCGAUGGGCUUUGCCGGUGAAAGAAGGUCAAAGAUCGAUCGUCGAGUACGAGGGUCGUGACCUCACGCACACACGAGCCAAAGCCACGCGUGCAGCACGGCUUUCCAUCGGAAACGACAAGGUGGAUGCUUGGGAAGGGAAGAGGAAGAGAAACAGGAACAGGAAGAGAGGUGGCUCGAGCUGGAUCCUCGAACGAUGAAGCCGAUCGAUCGCCGGAACUCUGCACGAUCGACGCGUUAGGCGUUGACGUCAAUGCUCGCCGCUCGUCAACCAACAUUUACACGUAGAGUAGAAGGGUUGGCAGGUCGAUUGUUGGCCAAUUUGGCUGAGAAAUCGAAAGGGGAUCGCGAUUAUCCGGACUGCUUUCCGCGAAAUAGAUGGACAGCUUCGAUCGCGACGAUUAGAAGAAGAGGGAUUGUUCCUGGAACAGGAACAACCGAAAGGCUCUAUGGUCUGAUCGAAGUAAACCAAGGGUGCUCAAAGAUGAAGGAACGCUCAUUACGAAGGAUUCAAAUAAUCGACCAUACCACGAGCGCAUAGUAGUACACUAGAGAAACGUUAGACAGAGGAGACCAAUCUUUUUUCACUACCAAUAGUCGUCGUACCAAAUUCAAAAAGACUGACCGAUCGUAGCGAAACGGGUAUAGGUGUACACUGGUUAUCCGUGGAGCAGAGCAAGCGAGCGUAGGAAACUCACGAAAUCCUCCACGAGAAGGCAGACCGGAACGGAACGGAAUAGAAGAGAAGAAGAAGAAGAAGAAUAAUAAAUCGGAAAACUUAGUCGUAAGAAAGAAAUAAGAAAAAAAUAAUGUCGAGAGAUCCGUAUUCGAGCGGAAGCGGAGUAGUGGGACCAGGAGGCGGAACUCGUUCGCCCCGAAGCGGUCGUCGCGUGGGCGAACUACCCACGGUCGACCGUAGCCCGUCGAGGAGCUACGCGAGCGGUCGUGGUAGUCCUUUGGGUCGUAAGCGGGGCACCCGUAGCGGAAAUAACUCGCCCGAACACCUCGGAUACGGCAGCUACCAUCACCAUCAGCUGGGCAGCCCGUACUACUCCCGCGACGAGGACCUCGCCAGUCCCGUGAUGCUCGAGGAGAGGGGCAGGAGUAUGUCAACCGGGGGCGGUGGGGGCGGACAUCACAGAUCCAGAAGCGCCUCGAGACCCGCCAUGUCCAGCUCGGCGGGCAUGUCGGCGAGGUACACGAGCCUCGAUCGGGCAUCCGCGGGUAUACUCGAUCACGAUCGCGAGUUCGUGCCGAUACGAGAUCCUCGGGAGCGUAGCCGCGAUCGUGGACUCUACCUCGAGGAUGAACUGUACGGUUCGAGAUCGGCCAGGCAGAGCCCGAAUCCGCACAUGCUGCGUGACAGCGGCGGUUACAUCGGCGAGCUUCAACAUCAGAACAACGAUCUCCAACGAGAGCUCGGGAACCUCAAGAAGGAGCUCGAGCUGACGAACCAAAAGCUCGGCAGCUCGAUGCACAGCAUCAAGACCUUCUGGAGUCCCGAGCUUAAGAAGGAGAGAGCGUUGAGGAAAGAGGAGAGCACCAAGUACAGCCUGAUCAACGAACAGCUGAAGCUGCUCAACUCGGAGAAUCAGAAACAAAGUAUGAUGGUGCGUCAACUGGAAGAGGAGCUGAGAAUGAGGGUGCGAGGGCCGAGCGUGGAAUUGCAGCAACAAAUGGAAGUUUUGUACAACGAGAACGAACAUCUGACGCGAGAGAUCGCCAUACUUCGUGACACGAUAAAGGAGCUGGAAUUGAGAAUAGAAACGCAAAAGCAGACGUUGCAAGCUCGUGAUGAAAGCAUCAAGAAGCUCCUCGAGAUGCUCCAAAACAAGGGGAUGGGAAAAGAGGAGGAAAGGAUCAUGUUCCAGCAGAUGCAGUCGAUGGCCCAGAAGCAGGAGCUCAAAGCCACGAACGAGAGCCUGAAGAGCCUUCAGACGCAGUUGGAGCUGGCAUACGCGUCGACAGCGUCAUCGGGUGCAGCCGUGGCCGGCGGAUGUCUCGGGCUAGGUAGCGUAUCAGAUGGAGGCGGCGGUACUGUCCUUGGAGGUAGCGUGGCGGUUCCAGGCGGCGUGCCCGGUAGCACCACCCUCACGGCCAUCAUGGAAACUAAAGACGCGCGCAUACAAACCCUGGAGAAGGAGGUGGCGUUGCUUGAGGCCGAGUUACAACGUAUUAAGGAGUGCGGAGGUAGACUAAGGGAGCAGUUGUUGAAAGCGAUCGCCGUGCCGAGUGGUUGCACCACCGGUAUCGGUGAUAUGCAACAAGCCCAACAGCAGCAGCAGCAGCAGCAGCAGCAUCAGCAACAAUUGCAACAAGCAUCGAUGAUAGAGCAAGCGCAACAACAGCAGCAACAACAGAAUCAGGUUGCUACGGGGGGUGGUGGUAUUGAGUCGCAAUUGCGACAGGGAUUGGUGACGGCUAUGGGUGGUGGUCCGCAACAGCCCGGCACGUUGGCCCUGGCCAGGGGACCGUCCGUGAUGACCUCGCUGGUACCGUAUGGUCUCUCGUCGUCCACGGCAUUAACCAGUUCAUUGCUUGCCGGUUCGACAGGUGGGACCAUGAGCGGCGGAGCAGGUGGGGGCGGUUCCUCGUGCCUGGCCGGCAUCUCGUCGGGCGCUACCACCGGCGUGGUCAAUCCCUAUACCGAUCGUUACGCCGAUCAUCAUCUCCAUCAGCUUUAUCAUCAUCAUCUUCCCCCUCAUCAUCAUCAUCAUCAUCAUCAGCCUUAUCACCUCCAUCAACAACAGCAACAGCACCAGCAGCAGCAGCAACAGCAGCUGCAGUUGCAACAGCAGCAUCAGCAGCAAAUGCAGCAACAUUUGAAACAUAUUGAGCCUGCGGCGCAGGGCGCACUGGCGCUGCACGCGCACACCUUCAACAAGCACGACAUGAACUUCAAACGGCAACUGGACGAGCUACGAACGGAAGUGCAGCGCAGGGACCAGGAACUACUGGCGAUGUCGGCCAAGAUGAAGACCCUCGAGGAGCAACACCAAGACUAUCAGAGACACAUUACCGUGUUGAAGGAGUCGUUGUGCGCUAAAGAGGAACAUUACAACAUGCUACAAGCUGACGUGGAGGAAAUGCGGCAAAGGUUGGAGGAAAAGAAUCGAAUGAUAGAGAAGAAGACGCAGGCUGCGAUGCAGGCGCAACAGGAACGCAAUCGUAUGAACACCGAGCUGACAGAGAUCAAGGAUCAUAUGGACAUUAAGGACAGGAAGAUCAAUGUUCUUCAGCGUAAGAUCGAAAAUCUAGAGGAUCUGCUGAAGGAGAAGGACAACCAGGUGGACAUGGCAAGGGCUCGCCUAACGGCAAUGCAGGCGCAUCACUGCAGCAGCGAAGGUGCAUUGAGUAGCCUCGAGGAGGCGAUAGGAGAUAAAGAGAAGCAAAUGGCACAAUUACGGGAACAGAGGGAUCGGGCCGAGCAGGACAAACAGGAAGAGAGGGAGUUGCACGAGAGAGAGAUAGCCGAGUACAAAAUGAAGAUCCAUGCAUUGGAAUCGGAGGUUGAAAAAUUGGGCGCCAGAUUGGAGAGGGCACAGGCAGAAAAAGAUCGACUCGAGGCGAAGCUGGAAAGUUCCCAGUCGGAGUUGGGCAAAAGUAAAGCGGAGCUUGACAAAGCUGCGUCCGAGGUGGGUCGCAGCGGUGCCGACUGGGAGGCUGCCAAACAGAGGUUGACCAGGUUGGAGCUGGAAAAUGAGAGACUCAGGCACGACCUGGAAAGGUCGCAAACUACCUAUGGUAGAAGUAGCCUGAACUCGACCCAGGAAAUGGACAGGAUUCAAGAACGAGCUGAAAAAACGGCAGCAGAACUCAGGAGAGCUCAGGCUGAACUGAGAGUUACUCAGGCUGAUAACGAGAGAGCCAGAGCCGAGGCUGCUGCUCUUCAAGAAAAGGUGGAAAAGAGUCAGGGCGAGGUGUACAGGCUGAAGGCAAGAUUGGAAAACGCUCAGGGCGAACAGGAAAGUCUUCGGGACGAGUACGACAGGGCUCAAGCUUCUGUGGCUCGUCUUCAUUCGGAAAGGGACAAGGCUAUCGGGGAACUGGAAAAGACUCAAGAGGAACUCGAACGGACCCAGGCUACUCUCGGCAAGGCGCAACUGCAACAGGACAAGCUACAGAAUCUAUUGGACAAAUCGCAGAGCGAGGUUGAUAAGCUUCAGGAAAAACUCGAUAAGACACAGACGGAAAUUCGCAGAAUGCAAAUGGAAAGGGAAAAACAGAAUUACGAUUUCGAGAAUCUUCAGAGUCAACUGGACAAAGCACUAGGCCAAUCGACCAGGAUGCAAAAGGAACGAGAAACGAUUCAAUUGGAAGUGGACCGCUUGCAGGAUAAAUACGAGAAGGCUCAGAUGAUAAUGCAGCGACUGCAGAAAGAGAGGGACGGUUUCCAGGAAGAAGUAGAGAAGCUACACGAGAGGAUAGAGUUCCAGCAGAAUCAGAUAUCGAAGAUGCAACGAGAGAAAGAGAACGUGUUGUCAGAGCUGGAUCUGGUGAAAGAAAGAUGGGAGAAGGCGCACAAUUCCCAUCAAAAAUUAACCCUUGAACGCGACGACGCUCUGACGGAGAUCGAGAUCCUGAAGGAGAAGCUGGAUAAGGCUCAGUACUCGAUGAACAAGGCUCACGAAGAACGGGAGAACGCGAACAAGGAGUUCGAGAAGAUGUUGGAGAAGUACGACAGGGCGCAGAGCGAAGUGUACCGGCUGCAGAAUCGGAUCGAGGUGAUGGAAGCCGACAAAGAUAGACUGGAGCUGGAGGCGGAGAAGCAACAGAUGUUGGCGGCGAAGAGCCGGGACGAAGCGAGAAAGGCGCAAGAGGAAUUGGCUCGCGUGCAGGAGAUGUACGAUCGAGCCGCCCUUCAACUAGGUCGCACGAAGGAACACGAGGAGAAAUCGAAGGAGGAUCUGGACAGAUUGAGCGUGGAUCUGGAGAUGGUCCGGGAACGUUACGAAAAGUCUCAGAUCGAGAUGCGCAGGUUGCAGAACGAGCGAGAGAAGCUGGUCGCGGAUAACGAGCGGAUCAGCUUCGAGCUGGAACGCGCUCAUUCGCAGUUGAACAAGGCUCAAGCAGCGACGGAAAAGACGCAGGAGGAACUGGCUAGGAUGCAGCUGGAGAUCGAGAAGAUGUACGAGAAACACGAUCGACAGCAAGCCGAAGUGAGGAAGGCUCAAGGAGAAGCGGAACGGUUACGAGUGGAAGCGGAAAGCUCACGGGAGGAGUGCGAGAGGUACGCGGCGAGGUUCGGCAAGUAUCAGGAAAGCCAAGAACGUCAGAAGGAGGAACACGAGUGGGCGAAGCUGGAGGUGGAGCGGCUCCGCGACCGGCUGGAAAAGGCGCAGACGGAACUCGAGCGCGCGAGGAAGGCUGAGCAGGACGCUCAGAGGCUUCGCGCCGAUCUGGAACGGGCGGAAGGCGUGCGAGGUAAAUACCAGUACGAGCAGGAGAAAUGGCAAAGCGAGGGUAGUAGGCUACAGCAGGAGGUGGAGAAGCUGCGGGAACGUCUUGAGGGCCGGGAGUCGGAGCUGAAGAGGACGCAGUCGAGCAACGCUGAGCUCGAGGCGAAGCUGCACGAGACGCAGCUUCAGCUCGAGCGGGCGCGAGAGGAGACCAGCAAAACGACCGCGGCGCAGGAGCGGAAUCGCGGCGAGAUCGAACGCGCUAGAAUCGAAACCGAGAAGAUACGCGAUCGUCACGACAAGGUGAAGGCGAGAGCGGACGCCCUGGAGGCUGACAACGAGAAGCUACGCGUCGAGAUCGUCCGGCUGGAAAGGUUGAUGCAAACCGAGGGUAAGACCAGAUCGGAGAGCGCGAGCAUCGAGGUCGAACGAUUGCGCGCCAGCCUGGACAAGGCGAUCGUAGCGCGCGACCAAGUUGAACUCGAAGCGGGCAGACUGGCCAAGGAGCUGGAGAAGGCGCACAUGCAAACGGCCAAGUAUCAGGAGGCAGCCGAAGCGAACAAGAAGGAGCUGGAACGUUUGGCCGCGGAGAUCCAAUUGCUCAGGGACGAACGAGAAGCUCUGAGACAGGAGCUGAGACGGGUGCAACAGCAGCAACAGCAACAGAUGGCUGGCAGCGAGGAACUGGCUCAUAUGCAGCAAGAAUUAAAGGUCGCUCAAUUGGAACGCGACAAGAUGGCGGCGAUCCUAGAGAAUCGGGAGAAACAUUCGGAGAAGAUCGAGAAGAUGAAGGAGAAACUGGAGGCGGAGGCGAAACAGCUGCAGGUAGAACGGGAUCAGCUGGUGAUACAGCUGGAGAAGUCGCAGGAGAUGCUGGUCAACUUCCAGCAGGAGUUGAACGCGAACGAGGCGGAGCUCGAGCGUCAGCGGGACGAAGUGCGUCGGUUGCAGCAGCUGCAGCAACAGAGGGCACACGCGCAGACGCCCGACAGGGCGGCGAAAGAGGCCCUCGAGGCGCAGAUGCGAGAGGUGCAUCGGUUGAACCAGCAGAUGCAGACGUUGACGCAAGCACAGACGAAGGAACGACAGAGGGCCGAGCAGGCCGAGAAGAGGGUGCAAGAACUUCAAAAGCAAAUCGCGACGAGGGAGUCUUCCGCGGCUGCGGCUGGCGCGAACGACGCGCAACUCGAGCAAUGGAGGAAACUCUGCGAGACGGAGAAACAACGGGCGGACGCGGCCGAGAGACAAGCUGCGGAGCUACAGAAACGCAUCCAGACUACGGAGAGGCAGGUGCACGCUCAGCAACAGCAGAUCCAGCAGAUGCAGUCGACCAUGCAGCAGCAACAACAGCAGCUACAACAGCAGCUUCAGCAACCGCAGCAGUCACAGCAAAACGGCCAGGAGGCUGCCAGGUUGCGAAAGGAGCUUGAACGCGCGCGAGAGGACAUUAAGCAGGCGGCCGUCGAGCGCGAGCGGUUCCAGGCACAACUCGAAAUGCUGUGCCAGGAACUCGAGAAAAAUCAGGUGGACUUGCACGAGGCGAACAAGAAACUCCAAGCUGGCGCCGCGAAAGCUGGUACCGACACUACACAAGAGAGAAGACAACUGGAGGAACAGAGACGUCAGCUGGAAGAGCAGAGAAGACAGAUGGAAGAACGAGCCAAGUCCGUAGAUCAGAAAGUUAGAACGAUAGAGGAGAAGGAGAGGACGCUCCAAAGUCUCGACCAGGAGCUGAAGAAACGGAAAGCGAAGAUGGACCAGCUGGAGCAACAAUUGCAAAGGAGCGGUGGCUCGCCGGACAAGAGAUUGGCAGAAAUGCAGAAGGCUAUGGAGACCACCGAGAAGGAGCUGGAAAAAGCGAAACAAGAGUCGACCAGAAGCGCUGCGGAGACCGAGAGGUUACUGCAGCUGAUGCAGAUGACUCAGGAAGAACAGAACACCAAGGAGAGACAAAUCAGAGAACUUCAAGAUGCACUCAAAGCCGCACAAGCCAAGUUGAAACAAGCCGCAACUGCACAGCAACAAGAGCAAGCCGAACGCUCUGCGACCAGCCCUGAAAACGCGAGAGGACGAGAAGACGCGAGGAAGAUGGAGCAAGAAGCGAAAGACAGGCGGAUAUGCGAGUUGGAAUUGAAAGCAUCCUGCUUGGAGAAGAAGCUAUUAUCGAAAGAGUGUUCGAAGAGGAUGAAAGAUGCGAGGAACAGUGUGGAGGAUAACGAGGGCUGGAAGAAGGAGCUGGAGAUGAAGAAGCGACGAAUCGCAGAGCUGGAAGACGAAUUGGUCGCUUGUAAAACCGUGAAAAACAGCAACAACGAGUACACGCAAAGUCUGAAGCUGUUGGACGAGCUGAAAGAGGAGAAAGAUUCGUGGAGAAGAGAGAUGGAGGUGAAAAACAAACGCAUCACCCAGCUGGAGGAUGAAAUAGAAAGAUUGAAGAUCCUUUUGGAUGAAAAUGGUGAAGCUUCGAAUUUCAAAGACGAUGAAUCUAAGAUCGAAGACAAUAAUAGCGAGCUGUGGAGGAUGGAAAUCGAAGCGAAGAACAGAAGGAUCGUUGAAUUGGAGCAGGAAAUGUUGUCCUUGGAGAAUUUCCUCAGGGAGCACGCUGAUACGGAAAGCUUGCGAGAUUUGGAGAUCAGGAUCGAAAGAAAAGCAAGAAGAAUCGAGGAAUUAGAAGACACUGUUGCUGAAUUCGAAGACUUUCUCAAGCAAAAUCCGGAUGUUAAAGAGUUGCAUGAUCUUCGUUGUCAAGUGACAGCUGGAAAUAGGAGGAUCCAGGAGCUGGAGAGGUGGAUUCAGAAGAAUGGAGAAAACAGAGAGAGCAGAAUCGAUCAGGAAAGGGUCAUUGAACUGGAGAAGAUGGUGACAGAGCUGGAGGAGUACGUGAAAGAGCAUAACGUCGAUGUUUUGAAGAGGAAACUGCAGGAUCGAGAAUGCAGGAUCGAUCAACUUCAGGAUCGGAUUGGAUGUCUGGAGAAGGAAUUGUUGAAAGUUGAAGAGAAUCGUCGAGAGAAUACAUCAAAGGAUCGUCAGGACAAAGCAACAACCACGAAACCAGAGCACCUUCCUUGCCAGCACUCAGUUGCUGAAGAAAGUACGAGCGAGUUGUGCGACAAAGAAGAGAAGAUGAAAAAGAUGGAGCAUGCGAUAUCCGAGAAAGAUAAUAAGCUUCAGGAGUACGAGCAGCAAAUUGUUGAGAACAAAGAGGAGAUAACGAAGCUGAGAAAGGAAGCAGCUGUACUGAAGAAGGAACUGAGCGAAUACGAUGACAUUGGUGUUUUAAAGGAAGAGAUCAGAGUGAGAGACGAAAGGAUCCAGCAACUCGAAGACGAGCUAGAUUCUCUGGAACGAGCGUUCAGUGAAAGAAUUGAUUUGGAGCAGAUCGAGGAACUUGUGAACGUGAUUAAAGAGAAGGAGGACAAAGAGACACAAUUGUCGAAGGAUCUGAUAGAUAAGAGGUAUAAAAUUGAGGAACUGAGCGAGGCUCUUCGUGAAAGCGUUGUUAUUGCCAGCGAUAGCGAAAGAAAGCUGAAGGACGAGGAGAAGACGAAGAAGGAGGCCCUUCAGAGGUUAGCUAAAUUGGAGCAGAGAAUUGCAUCGAUGCAAACAGCUUCAGCCUUGAAGUGUAUCACCUGUCAGCCUCUUCUCUCUAAACUGCGCAAGUAUGAACAAAAAUUGGAACGCCUCAGUGAAGAAAGAACUACGCAACUGGAGGAUCUGCAUCAAAUGAAACGAGAAGCUCUGAAAGCUGCAGUCUCUGAAAAGGACGCUCAUCUGGCGUUGUUGGAGCUUUCAGGAAUAAAAACAGUCGCUCAGUCCGUGCAAGCGGAGCAACUGAAAGCAGACAGGAAGAGAUUACUGGAUAAGCUAAAGAAAGAGGACGAGAAGAGCAUCAAUUCAUCGAUAGAGUCGAGUCCAAAUGAUUCAGAGGGAACACCACAGUUAUUGACCAAGCUAUUGGAAACAUCUGACGACGAAGAAACUCUGAAUGAUCGUCGCAGUGAUUCGAGUUCCCCGAGACCAGCCACGAGGAAUGGCGACAGCUGUGGUCAUUCGUGAGUUUCCGGAAGAAGACGUCGAAGGGAACGUAGUCGAGAAGAAAUGAAAAUGAAAGCAAUCGAAAGCAUCGUCAGGACAGCAGAUAAGUACACGAGGCCUCGUACGGUCAAAAUUGGUUAUUGAACACAAAAUCGAGCUAUCGGUCUCUUCGAUGUUGUCAUUGUGCACAUACACGCAACCGUAGAAGCAAUCUAGAGCAUCGACAACGACGAUACCAACAGACAACAUCCUUCUGUCAUUUCAUCAUUCAUCUCAUCAUUCAUCAUUAUCAUCAUCAUCAACAUCACUUUCUCAUCAUCAUCUUCGUCACGGUAUCUCAUCAUCGUUUGCGAGUUUCUAUGGAAUCGAAGCCGAGGGAAGAUCUCGUAAAAGAUACAAGGAUGGAUAUUCCUUGAAAUCGCGUAAACGUUUGCUGCUAUUUCGUUGUUGCGAACGUCAUUGAUCGUUUAAGAAAUACGCAAUGGAAACGCAGGUGUUCUACCUCUGAUCCUUGUACUAGACGAAACUCGACGACAUUUGGAAACUGAUUGAUUAUCAUUGAAACAGAACGUCAGGAUGGGUACAUUUGUUACGAUAGAAUUUAGGUAGUUUCUUUUCUCUGUAGACCAGUUGGUUGCAUGUCUCAGGAUCCUCCUCGGAUGCUCUGUUUCCGAUAGAUUGUAUUUCUAUGUCGUUUCGCGUCGAGUUUCGUUCGAGUUGACAUUGUUUAAAAAAAAAAAAAAAAACUAGUAUCGUCUGAGAAACGUCGUACUCCCUCCCGCCGUAAUAUUUCAAUCUUUUCCCCCCCAUCGUCCACGAUUCGAGACGAGAAAGGAGAAUUGUCCUCCUUUUCCUUUUGUUUGGAUUUCUUGUCACGGGUCCAAAGAUCGUCGUUGUAAUAACGAACGCUAGAGCUCUAGUCAAAGGAAAGCGAGCAGAGCGAACUGUAGCAGGAUAAUAUGUAUAAGUAGGAUCGUUCUUUAAUAUCCUGUGAGCUAUCAACGAAACUUGGAACGUUUAUUUGUUUCGGAAUUGAAGAAUAAUUGCAAGAGCGCAACCGGAAGCUCGAGUCGUGGUGCUGAUUAGCUUUCAAGAUGACAAUAAACGAACGUUUUCAUGCGCUCGAUGAUCUUGCGAAUGGACGCACGAAAAAAACGCACGCCACCCCCUUUCCCAUUGAUCGGUGUCUCGUUUGUGAAAUCGUCCAUGAUCUAGAUUUCUGAAGCAUAGCUGUUGAAUAUUGGCUACUCGAGAUUAUUUCAAUAAUUAAAUUCACAUUUAUUAUUUAAUUAUUUAAUACAGGCCUGUCUAACUACUAGAAGAAGUGAAAGAGCUGCUCCCACUCUUACCGCUUCAGACUUCCCCCACCAUCCAGUAGCGUCAGUAGUGGGGCAGCGGUUUCUAGCAGCUAGGACUAGGGAUACGCGUCGAAUAUUGGAAGAGUGGGGGAAGCCGAGCGCGAGCUGUGUGGUGGGGGAAGGAGCCAUGAUGGGCCGCAGGUUAGACAGGCCUGAUUUAAAAAAUAACCAAAAUCAGUCAAUAUUCGUGAGAGCAGCUCGAAUAAAAUUAUAAAUUCCCAUCGCGUGUGAUGUACAUAUGUAUAAUCGUGAACAACGCUAGUAUAAUACUUAUUAUUAUAUAGAUACAAUUGUCGUUCGUACAUUUUAACCGAUUCUAUUAUAAUAUUGAACGACUUCCAUAUAGUUUCUCAGCCCCAUUCACUUGGUACAUGUCUAUUCUUAUGUUGACAGCUGGUACAGAUAUUUAUUGAAAAUUGUUGUCCAAUUACGAACUGAAUUGUUACGAAGAGAUCUUUACGAGUGUAAAUAUUCCUAUUAUGGUAUUAGAAGUUUAGAGAUAUUUAUGGUAAUUCGAUUGUGGAAUAUCGUUGCGAUUCGUUUCAUUUCAGUAUCUUUUUCUCUGACAUUAUUGAUCCACGUUGAAUACCCGAAAGCACAAUUUAACUCGUCGAAACGAAUCGUCACGUUCGCUCGAUGAUUAUAAAAACGAAUUAUUCCCGAAACGGAUAUAGAGAAAAUAUUCCUAAGCGUUUUCUUCGUGCGUCGUCGAGAAGUUAUCCAGGACACGAAUGGUCCUGAUCAGAGGAGACCGUCGCGAAGUCUCUGAACACGAAGACAUCUUUAUAAAUCUUCAUUGUAGAACAACACCGAGAACAGAAAAUCCUUCGUAUUCUCGAUGAUCCUGGGCGCUGAUGAACGAGGCUUCAGCAGGAUCCAUUAUUUUACGAGGAGUAUUAUUUUCUCUGGGAGAGCUAAAGGAAAAACGAAACAAACCCGAGGCACUAAGAGGCAGGAAAUUAACUAGAAACGAGUUUGUACAUAGUCGAUGUUUCUUCGAUUAGUCCUGCUAGUGGUGAUACGCGUCCAUUUGUGUGCUGCUCUGAAUCCUGGUUUAGGAUAACCCAUUCCGAAAAUGCAUUCAAAUAGUUUAGAGGAAUACCUGUACUACGUGUGUAUACAUAGUUCUAUAUCUCGGUAAAAGAAUUUCUCGAGCAUAAUUAACCUCCGGGAUUUCACGUCAGAACGAAGGUGAAAGAAACGAGAUAACAGUGGGGCAUGAUUUUCAAAGACUAUUGUUAAUUGUUGAUGAAGAACGAGCAUCAACAUUCUCUGUCUGAAUGUUCCGGAUCACCAUUGGAAACGUCUACGAACGACACGGACAAAGAAAAAAGCAAAGUCUGAAGAGAAGAUUAAACCAUUUAACCCUUUGAUGGAUUUAUUGAGAAUGAAGUCGAUGGGGAUGAAAAAUUAAUCUUGGUUUCCAUAAAACCAUAUUUAAUUAACUGCCAUUCUUAAUUAAAAAGGUCCCAUCUACCAUUUUCAAGAUUUUUUGAAACCUUCAGAAUUUGGUACUAUAUCAAAUUUUUUUUAUUGAACUAUCAAAGGGUUAACAUACUUUCCUAUUUAAUUGAAGAACACAGUCUACGUCCGACACUCGUUCGUCGUAUAUAUAUAUAUAUAUAAAUUAUAUAUAAAUAUACAGAUAUAUUGUCGUGUCUACCGUAAAGAAGAGUUAAGUGACAUGUUGAAAGUGUAAAAUUUUAUCGUUAAUACUUUAACAGAUGCUCUCUUUAAAAGCUCGUCGAGAAAGGAGAAAAGCGUUCUUUGCUGGUACACAUACCUUUUCCCAUUUCGAUCUCUGACCAUCCCCCUGCAACGAAUCUAUAUCCCAGCCCCCUCUUUAAAGACUUCUUCUCACUUCUAACGAUUUAGAAGCUAGAUAACGCUGAAAUCGAAGGGCAUCGGAUCGUGAACAGGGCAGACGAUUAACAAUUAUAUACAGAACAAUGAAAAAUGGUAAUAGCUUCUCUGCCCUGUCUGUAGUCGACUAAAGUUUCGUCGAAGAAGUAUCCCCUCUUUGAUCUCUUCUCUCGACCCAAUUCUUUAACGUACAAUUAGUAUAAUUUUGCGUAGCGAACAAAAAUGAUAAGUGAAAUAAAAAUAAAGAACAAAGACGCUCCGUAAUCAAUCUUAUUGAGAAAUUUUGAUUAAUAAUCAAAUUCAGACAAUCCAACGACUAAUGAAAACAAAACGAUGAUAAUCAAAGACACAUAAUCAUUUAUUUUUAUCUUCUUCUCAUUUAUCUUUGUUAGCUAGUUUUUAUAUAAAAUCAUUCAAAAUAAUAUGAAAAAAUGUACUCUUCUUUUUGAUAAUCCUUGAGUCGAGGAAGAGAUUCAAAGAGGGAAAUAGAAAUUAAAGGAAAAGGUAAAGAAACGGUUAAUAAACGUGUGCCACCGUCAUAUCAAGCCUAUAUCACCAUGUUACAUUAUAUACAUAUAUUAUAUAUAUAUAUACAUAACUAAGCAGAAAAAAAAUUAAUAUUAUCGUUAAUUGACACAAUUGUUAACGUGGAGUGAUUGCAUUUCGUGUGGGUGUGUAUCAAUGAAUUUAAAGAAAAAAAAAAAGAAAAAAAAACAAACAAAGAAGAAAAAUGAAGUCUUUCUUUCGAUCGCUCGAGAAUCGAGAACAAUUGUUGAACAUUUUUUCGAAUCUUCUUAUUGGCACUCUUUCACUAUCUAAUUAAAAGCAAUUACUCUCAUCUUAAUCAUCGUAUCGUCUUUACUUAGAGAAUAAACAGGUUGUAGUCGUAGUAAUGUAAUCGCUUCGUCUGUCUUCAAUUUUAAGACUGUCUUAUCAAAUAUAAAAACUCGAACAAACGCUUGAAAGAAAAAAGGAAAAAAGAAAAAUACCAAAAUGCUUCGAACGUAACGACGUUCCAUUUACAAAUACUCUGUCCUAUUAGAAGAACGACCGAAUAUCACUCCUUUUUUUCUUUUUUUUGAAAAUUUAUUCAUUCGGUCUGUCACUCGAGUGAUCUUAAGCCGAGACUGUUCGUGGAACACGAGUGAAAAUGCGAAACGAGAAAAAGCGAGUAUCGUGUGAACGAGGCCGUCUCGAUAUUAUUUUUCGACUCGACUGUUUAGUAUAUCUACGAUGAUAAAAGAAAAAAGAAAAUGAUAAAAAAAAAAAGACAGAACGUUUUUAUGUGAAUAAUGCGUAAGGAAAGCCCUUGCGUCGUGGCGUCAAGUUCAUUGAAAUUGGAAUCACGGCCAAUUUAAAAAGAAGAAUGCAAGACAAUUUUUUUACGCUAUUUCUAAUUUUUUAAAAUCGCUCGAUUGGCUUAUUAAUUGCGAGAAAGAUGAAUUUUCACCGUGAAUCCAUACCGGAAACGAUGCCGCGACCACCACGGUGGCUUCUCCCAGCCCCCUUUUUUUAUUCUCCAAUUUCUACGUGUUUAAACGUUAAGCAAAGCAACGGAUAGAAACGACAGAAAGGCAGAGAAAAGAAUGACGAGGAUAAUUGAUGAUUGAAACAGCGAAGAUUAUUAGUAAUUAACACGUUGAAUGGCACCAGUUUAAUUUGUAACGUUCGACUUGUUAAUUAAAUUAAUCCAAAAUACGAUUUUCGAUCGCGUGUACAUACCUACUUGAAAGAAUAAAUUGCGUGUUUGUGCGAUCAAGAGAAAGAGUGAGGAUGAAAAAUGAAAGCAGAGGUAAGCAAGAAAGAAAGAAAUAGAAAGAUACGAAUGCGAACGAAGCGAAUUAAUUGCGUUAAGCCUAGUCUUUACGACGCUUAAUUAAUCGAAUGAUUGACGAUUAACACGGAUCGAAAGAUUCUUUCAAGAUGUCUCGUUUAUUUUAAUCUUUUUUUAUUCCUUUUUUUAUCGAAGGAUCUUCGAUCGGAAAAAUCGUCGAGGAAUAGGAGAGAAACGACGAGGCUAGCGUUAAGUUUAAUGAUAAGAUAAAUUAAGUUAUUAAUGAAAAGAAAAAAAAAAAGUAAACAGUUUAUUGAAGUACAUUGUUGCAACUGCCAUGCUGUGUGCCAUUAUAUAACACGAGUCACGUUUGUCGUAAAAACUUAAAAGAACAAAAAAAAAUGUGAAACAUAUGUGGAAGGAAAAAUCUCUUGUGCGCGUUCCCGUCUGACUGUACUUCUUGGUUACACGCCCUCUGUCAUCGUUUUGCGAACGAAACACACAAUAAUUAGAAGGUUUUAUUCUAAAUUACUAAUUAAUCAAUCGAUUUAUACAAUUCGUUUCAAGUUGAAAAAUAUCUCUACCACUUCGAUCCUUAAAAUUUCUUACAAUUCUCAUUAAAAUUUGUUAUGGUUGGGCUUAAUACUUAGUAUUUGUCACCACGAUACUAAGUACGAAAGCAAAAAUGUUUCCCUUAUGUAUUACGAUCGGUAUUUAAAAUUUGAUUAUCAUCGAAUCUGAUGGGAUUCGCGUACACUUGCUCGCACGAACCAGCAUGUACAUUAUAGCAGAAAUCGAAGCACCGUAUUAUAAAUAUAACGAUUAAAUGUAUACAUAUUACAUAUACAUAUGUGUUAACGCGUGCGAGCACGUGUACGAUGUUUCCGAAAUUUCGUCGCGAACGAGGGGAAUGUAUCCGAAAAAAUCCGGGCGUACAAAACGUGUGUGCAAUUUUUGUUGGCGUGGAUUCGUUCCUGCAUUCCAGGGAAUACGUGAGAAGAACAAAAACAACAAAAAAAAGAAAAUAUAGAGAUAUUAUUUUUCUUUUUGUCCGCCGUCGAUGUACGAAUUAAUCGCAUGCACGUUUCGAGUAUCGAUGUAAACGACGUUCAAUUGAAUUAAUAUUCACCAACACCUUAAGGUGAAUCGAAUUUUGUAGUCGUUGCAGCGUUGAUGAAUUCUUUUGUAAUUCUUGUAUCGUUUAGGAAAUUCAACCUGGCCCAAAUCUGCAUACCUUUGCUCGCAAACGAAUGCAUCAAAACUAUUUGCAGAUAUUUAUUUAAACAUACGCUUAAAAUCGCAAUUAUUCAGAACACGAUCGGCUGUGAUCUCGGCGAUGUUAGUAUUAUUUUUAUUUAUUUAAUUCGUCCAUAGUUUUCAGACAAAUAUCGAUCUUCUUUGCAUAAUUCGUAUACGAGCAAACGUAUGUUUCCUAAAUAUUUGUACAUAGGUACGGGCUAGGCUUUAACUUGCAACUACACACACGUGUGUUUCAAGAAAUUUCGAUAAAUUCAUCGAACGGGAAAGCUGUUGACCACCGUUCAAAUAAACAUCUGUACAUAUUAAUUUUUCAUUCUUUCAUCGAGCGGUGUGCGGUUGCGAGUUAAGGUAGGGAACCAUUCCGCAGGAUGUAAAUGUUUUAUGUACACGUAUCGUAAAGGAUGGUUAAACGUUACAAGUUUUUUGUCCGAAUGAAAACCACACACGCAUACACGUACACAAACACACAACGUAAGACAAAUGUGUUCAUCGAUCACGUUACUCAACAUAUGUGUUGUGCAAAAGAGAACACGAGCAAGAGAGAAUACGUUUAUCUUCUUUAAAAUACAAAAGAUCCGUGCGAGAACGGAAUUUCUUGCGAAAAAAAAGAAGAAGAAGAAGAAGAAGAAACUAGCGAGUAUAAUCGAAUUGUUAGAUGACGGUGUAAAAGGGAAAGAAAAAAAAAAGAAUGGACAGAUUUAAUUAUUGUAAACCAAAGAUGACGUCGACCCAUCAUAGAUUCAAGCACAAUAAGGAACUAAGUAGGGCCAGGCACAAUAAAAUUCGGCCGUCACGUUGUAGGCAGCGAUCUGUUAGAGCGACAAGUCAUAUAAGUAUCUAUAUAGCGAGACUAUUAAAUAAACACAUAUUGUCUAUUGUCA